CCGGGGAUGGAACUUGGAAGUAAGGAACUAUGAACGCUCCUUAAACCUCCUGAAGUUUCUCUGAGAACCCUCCCUCCAAGUCUGCACAAACCAAACUCAGAAACACAGACCCCAAACUCAACAUUUGGUUUUCUAAUGUCGGCUCCGGCGACCAGAAUUGAGAGCUACGAAGAUUUUGUAAAAGUCCACGGCGUUCUACUUGCCGCCUCGGGCUUGCCUCGCUCGCUCCACCGCAAACUUCUCGAGAAACUCACCGCUGAGACCUUUGACGGUGGCGCCUACUUCCAGGUCGAGCCCUGUGAGGAUGGUCGUCAGAGGAGACUCCUACUUGCUGCCGACUCUUUGCCUAAGCAUGCCGAUGUCUUCCUCGUCGACCACGCGUGGACAUUUCGCCUCUCCGAUGCUUACAAGCAGUUGAAGGAAGUUCCGGGGCUGGCUGAGAGGAUGGCUGCUCUGAUGUGUGUAGAUGUCGAUUAUAAUUCUGAUACUGAAGUGCAUCCCAAAUUGAGUGCCGAAGAAGUUGUGGAGGGAGAAAUUCAGAAUGCGAAAGAGAAAGGAGAGGGCACUGUGUGGUUGGAGCUUGAUGAGCUAGACAUAGAUGAUGAUAAGCUAAUGGCCCUUGAUUUGCCUAGUAAAUUCCCGGAUUUAGUAGCACUCAGCUUGUGUGGGAACAAGCUUGAGAGUGCAGAUAUAGUUGUGGAGGAAGUUACCAAGUUCAGGAAUCUAAGAGCUCUCUGGUUGAAUAAUAACCCCCUUAUACAAAUUUGCAGUGGUAACAUGACAGAUAGAAUUCUCGAGGGAUGUUCGAGACUGGAAAUAUUGAAUUCUCAUUUCACACAUAAUUUUGGUGAGUGGGCAUUGGGCUUUUGUGCAGGACUAGUCGACAAAGAUCAUCCUUGGUGUGCCAACCAAAGUGACCCUCAUUUACAGAAUUUGACAUCUCUUGACCUUUCAAAUAGAUGUAUUAAUAACCUGAUUUGUAAGGCAUUUACUCCUGUUGAGAUGCCACGGCUUUCACACUUGAAUAUCCGAGAAAAUUCUUUCCAAGAUAAUUCUGUUGGUGAAUUGUUGGAAGUCUUGAGGAUGUUUCCCUGCCUAAAUUCGUUAGAGCUGGAUAUACCUGGCCCCCUCGGAGAAAGUGCCAUAGAAAUUCUCCAAUCUCUUCCCAAGCUAUCUCUUUUGAAUGGCAUUGAUGCAUCAAAAAUAUUAGAAACCGAAAAACAUGUGAUUGAUUCAAUGCUUGAGCCACGUCUUCCUGAAUGGACUGCUGGAGAGCCACUUCCGGAUCGUGUCAUUAAUGCUAUGUGGCUGUACUUAAUGACCUAUAGACUUGCAAAUGAGGAAAAGAUUGAUGAAACCUCUGUAUGGUAUGUGAUGGAUGAACUAGGUUCUGCUUUAUGUCAUAGUGAUGUGCCAAAUUUCAGAGUGGCCCCUUUUCUCUUCAUGCCAGACGGAGAACUGGAAACAGCUGUUAGUUAUUCUAUAUUAUGGCCAAUUCAGGAUGUUAAAAAAGGUGAUGAGUGCACACGGGAUUUCUUAUUUGGUAUUGGGGAGGACAAACAACGUUCUGCCCGACUCACAGCUUGGUUCCAUACACCUCAAAAUUAUUUUAUUCGGGCAUUUGAGAACCACUGCAAGACAUUGCAAAGCAAAAGCUUGGUGUCCCCGCUCGUGAAGCCUUCUGAAACUGGAAGUCUUCAUCAUAGUGUUGAAAAUCCUCUACGUGUUUGCACUGACAUACCGCAGGUGGAAGAGUUUUUGACCCGCUCUGAGUUUGUAACUACUACUGAACCAAAGGAUGCAGAUAUUAUAUGGAUGAGUAUGCAGCUGGAUGAAGAAACAAAAAAAGCUCUGGGAAUUAAAGAUCAACAGUACAUCAACCAAUUUCCUUUCGAGGCUUGUCUUGUCAUGAAACAUCAUUUGGCUGAGACUUUGCAAAAGGCAUGUGGGUCUCCUGAAUGGUUGCAACCAACGUAUAAUCUUGAAACUCAUUUAUCUCAACUGAUUGGUGACUAUUAUGUACGUGAAAGGGAUGGGCAAAACAAUUUAUGGAUCUUAAAACCCUGGAACAUGGCCAGAACUAUUGAUACGACUGUAACUGAUAAUCUGUCUGCCAUUAUUCGUCUUAUGGAGACUGGUCCAAAAAUAUGCCAGAAGUAUAUUGAGCACCCUUCACUGUUCAGAGGGAAAAAGUUUGAUAUCCGUUACAUAGUUCUUGUUCGCAGCGUGGACCCUUUGGAAAUAUUCCUUGCUGAUGUUUUCUGGGUUAGACUGGCAAACAACCCGUACUCCCUAGAAAAGCAUAGUUUCUUCGAGUAUGAGACUCAUUUUACUGUUAUGAAUUAUCGUGGAAGUUUGAAUCACAUCAACACUCAAGAUUUUGUGAGGGAGUUUGAGCAAGAACAUCAAGUCAAGUGGUCGGAUAUCCAUCAGAGAGUCAAAAAUAUGAUUCGAUCUGUUUUUGAGUGUGCCGCUGUGGUACAUCCAGAGAUGCACAGUCCGACAUCUAGGGCCAUGUAUGGUGUGGAUGUAAUGCUAGAUAGCUCUUUUCAGCCAAAGUUACUGGAGGUAACGUAUUGUCCCGAUUGUACAAGAGCAUGCAAGUUCGACGUGGAAGCUGUGGCUGCUGGUGGAGAAUUAGUAAAAGGUCAGGACUUCUUUAAUGAUGUGUUUGGUUGUCUCUUUCUAAAUGAGACUAGUCACGUAAGUCCCUUGUAGUUUAAGUUAUAGAUAGAUCCAUCAUUCCAAGCUGAAACCUAUUCACUCAUGGCCCCUUUUUGACAUCUUUCUUUAUUGCUGAGGCAGUUCUUGUCACAAUGUCUAUGUUAAGUGUAUCCAUUUCCUGUG